GUCUCGCGCCCGUCACUCUAGACACCACAAUAAACCACCCAACCAUUUCAACCACCCCCCUCAGAGACUUCCUUUUGGAACCUCUGAACUAUAGCCCAGCCUCGCGCAGCUCCAGUUCGCCUUCCACAAUCGACGUAACGUCGGUCACCACGGCUUCUUCCCAGUCACCAUGGCUCUCUUCACCAGCUCCCCACGCCUAUCGGCAACAACUGAAUACGACAUCACACGACCUCGCGCAUCCGCAGACGGACUUCGUGCUCUACGACCAACCAGCUCAACCCCAUCGAGCACCGAGCGCUCCUCAGCAAGCUCCUACGUUUAACAACGGCCAGCACUUUUACGCAAAUUCUGCCCCAUCAUCCACCACAGAAUUCCAACAGCAGCCUUUGUCCCGACAACGUCCUCCGGUCCCAUUGUUCCACAGCUCUAGCAACAACUCUAUUCCACAAGUACAACAACCACUGCCAAACGUCGCAAACAUGGCAGACCUGCACAGCACCAACUCGUUCGACUCAGGCGCCAGCCUGAUGCCUGCCUUCCAGGCGGGCGGCUUCUCCUUGGACGGAGUAGCCGCGUUCACCGCGAUCAACGACCCUUCCGUCGCAUCCGGCUCGCAGCGCACUGUCUCCCCCAAAGACAUCUUCACCGAUUUUGGCUCUGCACCUCCAUCUACGGCGUUCACCAACUUGACCUCGCCCGAUAUUGACGUCUCUCCCUUCAUUAGCGACAGCUUUGAGACCUCGCCCAUGUUCCAUGGCGAAUGCAUGCUGAACAACAACUCAAACGACUGGUUCUCCCUCUUCCCUGAAGAGGACAACAAGCUCAACGAUGUUGCUCAGUACGUUCCCGCUGUGCCCCUUGCGUUGCCCAUGGAGCGCACCAUCAGCAGCCAGUCUAUGGAGCGAUCUGGCUCUUCUAGCAUGGGUUCCCCAAUUGUCUUGGACUCUAGCUCGUUCCGAAGGAAGUCUUCUGUCACGAACUCGCCUGCCACCAACGGAAUCAGUAAGUCUCGUCGUCGCAAGGGUACUCUACCUCCCAUCGCUGUCGAUCCCCACGACAAGAUCGCUCUCAAGCGAGCACGCAAUACUCUUGCUGCACGUGAGUCUCGGCAGAGGAAGUUCGACCAUGUCGCCGAGCUCGAGGUCCGCAACGCCGAACUUGAGGCUGAAGUUGAGAGGUGGAAGACACUUGCUCUAGCUCACGGUUACUCUGGAGCGUGAAUCACCGUUCCCCUCGCACCCAGUUACCGAUGGCCUUAAGGAGCUGGUGAAGACCAGCUAGCCUUUUGGUAAAAGUUUUCUUUUAAUGUUGUCCUGGACUUAGUACUGCUUACACACCUACCUCAUCCUUGGUAGUUGAUGGUCUCGUGUUGCUUUCUCUUCUUCGACUAAUGUCUACAGCAGGAGUGCAGUCUCCCCUAGUGGUCGAUUUGACUCCUCCUGGCUGAGUGUUGAAGAAUUGACCAUGAUUUCGUUUCUGUUUCACAGUACUAUCUGUCCUUAUCUAGAAUGCCUUUCCGUGAGGCCUCCCGUUUAUUAAAUAUACCUCUUAUCACACAUGACUGUUCUUGCUGUGACUCCUGUGCUGUAUAAUGACACUAGUUUAG